UGAAACCCGUUUAAAUUUUGAUGCCUCAUGAAUCACUCCAGUAUUUGAAACAAGCGAUCUGAAUACCUUUAUUCUCUCUCUCUCUCUCUCUCUCUCUCUCUCUCUCUCUCUCUCUCUCCUCUCUCUGCAUCUACGUAAGUGCAAGACAUGCGUGCUUUAGGUGAAGGAUAAACGGAGGUUAACCUAACAAAAGUGUGUUUACCAGUGCUUACGGUUUUGCGGAAGAGACUGAAAGAGUAAUCUACUAAAGGAUACUUAUUAAUUAGACGGUGCUUAUUUCGGAAAGAUAAAAACUAGAAAUAAUGGAUACGCAAAUAGAUUUGUACGGGCUGCUUGGUGUAGAGCCGACAGCUUCUAUGCCGGAGAUUAAAAGGGCAUACCGCAAGAAAGCCUUGACGUGCCAUCCCGACAAGAAUCCUGACAACCCGCGAGCGGCGGAAUUAUUUCAAGAACUCUCGAGGGUGCUGGAAAUAUUAACGGACACAAAAGCCAGGGCAGACUACGAUCAAGCUAUUGCUGCCAGGAAGCAGGCGAAGGAGCGCAUUAGACAAUUCGACGCCAAGAGAAAGAAAUUUAAGGAGGACCUGGAGGCGCGUGAAGAGGCUUACAGAAGGUCGGUCAUUUCUGCGGCCGAGACUGAAAAGUCCAACGAGGAGCAGAGAAAGGCGGAAGUGAAAAGAUUACAAGAAUGGUACAAACAAAUGGAAGAAGAGAUGAUCUUCACGCGAAAGCUGUUUUUGGAGAAGCUUUAUAGCUCGAUGAACACUACGACACCCAAUGUGAGAGAGUUUCGAAUUAGAAUAAGAUGGAAAGUACAAGACGGCGAUCAGACGAAUGGUGGAUACAAUUAUGACAAUCUGCAUACCAUGUUUUCCAAGUAUGGGGACAUAGAGGCUCUUGUUGUGUCGUCUACGAAGAAAGGCAGUGCCAUGAUUGAGUUCGGAGAUAAAGGCGCGGCGGAAACGGCGCUUCUAGCAGAAAUCGGUUUGGUGAAAAACCCGUUAACGCUACGUGGUCUAUGGGAUAAACAGACACGUUCAGACAUUAGUGCGACCAGUACAAAUUCUAACAUUGGAAGACCUACGUUUCCCGCAACCACACAUUUGAACAGCACGCCAUGCGCAUCUCUCAGUUUUCCUUCCGCACCAGAUAUAUUCACGCAGCAGACAAGGGUGUCGGAUGCAGAGUUCGAAAAUUCCGUAUUAGCUAAUUUAAGAAGAGCAGAGGAGCGCAAACGGCUUAUAGAGGAAUUGAAAGAACAGGAAGAAACUUGAUCUCUGUAAAGAAAGAGCUCCUUACCGCAGUAAUUGUUGUUUCAGAUGGAUAUUCUAUUACGAUACUCGUCAUCCUUUGGUGCAAAGUGUACUCCAGUUUUGGACGUUCUUAAAAUAGCUUAGGAGAUAUACAGUUUAGCUUAUUUUUGAAUUAAAAAGAGAAAUAAAACUUUUAUCUAAAGCAAUAAAGAUAUGAAAAUUCA